GCCAAGUGAAUUCGCUCCUCAAGAUGCCCAUCAUGGAGCUUCUUCACCAACGACAACGAAAGGGGUCACUCAGUAAUCUUACAACUUUGGCACUCGUAGCAAAUUUUGCGCUGGAGCCGAAUCUCUACUUAAUCCUCGCUGUACCAUCUCUACUUAAGUCCUCCGAACGACGUCUUUCUCUAGUCUCCCGUCUUCUUGAUCCGGUAUCGAGCCCCUAGGCCGAAGUCCUAGUUGCGAAGCUAGCCUCUAGCAAGUCACUUCUUAAACCUGAUAGGAAAAUGGAUGGGCUCAACGAGUACCGAACCGCACGUGUGGCCGAGAUCCUGGCGGACUUUCGAAACCUCCAAUAUUACAUCGCCGCGGCGCCCGUAGACCCCCCUAACGCCGACGACUACUACACCGAAGGCUGGGCUGCAAUGCGCCAGUGCGCGAUAGACGGCCAACACAUCCUCAACUGCGCGGCAGACGUGACGGUGCCCCAAGCCAGCGGCGGCGAAGCGGAGCAGGAAAAGGCAGAGCUCAAGCAAAUCCUCUUAGAUGCCUACUCCCGGAGGCACGAAGCCCAGAAGAUCUAUCUCCGCCAGGCAGCGGCACAGAGAUGGGUCGAAUAUCGAGAGCAGGUACUACAAGGCCAGCGGCCAAACGCCGCGAAUCGACGGCAACUGAGAACUGUUGACGAACAACUACGAAGCGAACUCGGUCAGAUCACCGAUGAUGCGGUCUACCUCGAGCUCCAAACUUCCGACACCAAUAUGGCACGCUGGACAUCCGAAGACCCGAGCCUACGAACGGUGCAGCGCUGGGUGCGAGCGCGCCCGCAGACAACCUAGCCCACACGUGGAAACGGAGUAGGCGGCGAUGCCAAUAGCGUGAAUUACCGUCUAGGGUUCUAACGACCCGUUCCUCCCCUUGGUAUGGGUACAGCGCAACGACAGAGGAAAAAACAUUCGGUCGAUGAUGGAUAAGGGGGGGGACUACUCACACUACGAUCAUUCAGCAGAUACAAGCAAGCAACAGCGGGAAACUACGAUAUCACCAAGACAUGCUAAGCAAGCACAUUUUCUUUACCACCACUAUACGAACCUAUAGAUUAGGAUUCACCCCCUCCCCGGACGCUCCCUUGACGGGAGGGUUGUAGGGGACAGGCACACAAGAAAACGAAUCGAAAACCAGCGAAAAAGA